GGCCGUGCCUGGCGCUCGGCUCCCCGCGCAGCCCCGCUGCCGCCAGCCCGGCCCGAGCCCCGCCGCCGCCUCGUCUCGUCUCGCCUCGGCUCCCCCGGCGUUCCCAUGCCCAGCAGCGAAGCGGUGCCGCUGGGGCUGGGCGCCUGCCGCAGGUCGGGGGCGCUGGGCGGGAUGCUGUCGCUGGUGGCGCGGCUGCUGGAGUGGCUGCGCUCGCUGUUCUGGAAGGAGGAGAUGGAGCUUACGCUGGUGGGGCUGCAGUACUCGGGCAAGACCACGCUGCUCACCGUGCUGGCGUCGGGGCAGUUCACAGAAGAUAUGAUUCCUACAGUCGGCUUCAAUAUGAGAAAAAUAACAAAAGGAAAUGUUACCAUAAAGGUGUGGGACAUUGGAGGACAGCCAAGGUUUCGAAGCAUGUGGGAGCGUUAUUGCAGAGGAGUCAAUGCAGUUGUUUACAUGGUGGAUGCAGCAGACUUAGAAAAAGUGGAAGCUUCAAAGAAUGAGUUACAUAGUUUGAUAGAUAAGCCACAAUUGCAUGGAAUUCCAGUGUUAGUUCUUGGAAAUAAACGAGACCUCCCAGGUGCACUGGAUGAGAAGCAGUUAAUUGAGAAAUUAAACCUUUCAGCUAUUCAAGACAGAGAAAUCUGUUGCUAUUCUAUUUCCUGUAAAGAGAAGGAUAACAUAGACAUAACAUUACAAUGGCUUAUUCAGCACUCCAAAUCAAGAAACUGUUGAAGAAACUUACACUGAAGAUAACUCUUCCCCAAUCACUUUGACUCCUAUCAGCUAUACACACUGAAAAGAUAAGGAAUGCAACUGUCUACUACCAGGACUCACUGUGGUCAUAUUUGUUAAUGGAAGUAAAUCUGACUUGUAACUUGUCUUAUCUAUUUUUAUUUUUUUUUUGGUUUUGACCCCAGAUAUUUGUCUGCCUAGGUGAUAUUCCUGAAUGCCUUAAUACAAGACUGGAAGAAAUCAAUACUUUUUUUCAGCUGAAAUGUUUUGAGUUUAUGCAUGCAAAUUGUCAAAUACAUAGUAAUUUUUUUCUAAUUUGAAACGGAAUAAAUUGUGCAGUGGAAACAAAUUA